UUGUUUCUAGUGCGCACCACUUACAGUACUAUCAGGUGGGCACCAGAUUGUUUCUCGUGCACAUUACAUACUAUCUGGUGUGCACCGGAUUGUUUCUCGUGUGCACAAGAUAGUUUAUAGUGUGCAUCACAUACGUUCUGUAGCAUACCAGAUUGUUUCUAGUGCGCACCACAUACUAUGCUUUACUGAAAUGAAAGUAACACAAUAGUUUUAACCUUUUCCAUGUAGAACUACAUCUCCCACGAUGCUUUUUGGCAUAAAACAGCAGUGACUCCACUACAAUGUGCCUUCUUUUGAUUUUUUUUUUCUGGUAAUAAUAUCAAAGAAUAGACUGAGUUGUAUAGGAGAAAAACAUAUUAUCUUGAACGUUUAGGCUGUUUUUAUUAUUGAUAAUAAACUGGGCGGAUUUUACAGUGUGAUUAGGCUGGCUUUCCAAUCUGGCAACCCUGGUUCUCCAGUUCAGACAUGGCGCUGUCCUGUUCGAGGCUCUCCAACAAUUUGUCUUUGAUGCGACUGUUGUGGCUCCGAAGCCACCGAAUAGCGAAUGGGCUUUACACCCCGUGCGUUUGUCAACAAUCCAGAUAUUACUCGUCGUCCCAAGUCCGACGAGGGAUUGGACGCUAUGUGACGUCCAGUCUGCGGUGGGUCAACAGCAAAUAUGAAGGCUUCCUCAAAAGGCGAUUUCCACGCUUUUAUCUGCUCUACCAUACUUUUGUUGAGGGAUUUAAGCUUCUUUUUCGAGAUGCCAAAGACGUGAGCAGGAUCAAAACAAAGAUGGCGAGCGGCGGGAUCGCAUACCAAGAUUUGUCGUACAGAGAAAUGGAGAAACUCCGUCAGUUUCGACGAGACAUGCUGAAAGGCGUCCCGCUGGUGUUACUGUCCAUUCCUCCCUUUGCCAACUACCUGGUUUUCUUUUUGAUGUACUUUUUCCCCCGUCAGGUGCUGAUACCUCAUUUCUGGACGCCGAGGCAGCAGGUGGAGUUUCGCCAGCUGUACCAUUCUCUAAGGGCCCGACACCACUUGCCCGUCCUGCGAGAGCUGCGGCAGGCUAGCGGCAGCAUACCUGAUACGCACCUCCGCACCUGCCUCGACAACCUGUGCACUCAGGUGCAAAAAGGAACCAACCCCAAAGUGUCGCAAAUCCUUGCAGUGCGCAGUUUGUUUUCUGGCGUACCUCUGGGCAUCGGCAAACUAAGCGUGCAACAAAUGAGAAACCUAAGCCCCCUGCUCUUCUUGACGCCUCGCCUCCCCGGCUUUCUGAUUGGCCGACGCCUGACCAAUCACGCCUUGGAACUCUUACAGAUGGACCGAGCCCUCAGCAAGCUGGGCCCGCAGCAGCUUAGCGACUCGGAAUUGAGACAGGCUUGCUACAUGAGGGGAGUCAACUCGGACCGACUCGCCGUCAACCAGUGCCGAGAGUGGUUGGACCAGUGGCUGCGGGUGUCGUGCACACUCAAAGACUCGGACGUGUCGCUCCUUUUGCACUGCCUCGUCUUCCUCUCUGCCGACUCCCCGAACAACACAAGCCCCCCAUGAAAGGAAGCCCGUUGCGCCUUCAGAAGAUUCCUCUCCGCGUCUUUGUUCGAUGGGAAAACUGCUUCAAAGUUACAUUUUAUCUCAAAGAAUUUCAGAUCUCGAUAAUGUAAAAAAAAAAAAAAAAAAAAAUCCAGUUUAACAAUGCUGAGUUGAAUUAUGUGUGGCAUGCUUUAGGGAGUGUUUCAGAGGUGUUUACUGACUGACUGCGGUUUACAUAUUUCACACACUGAAAAUGAGAUUUGUUCCUUUUUAGACAUGGAAAUGUUUGUUCAGAUACAUUCCGUUUGCGUUUAUCAGCAUGUCAUCAAUCUGCUGUACUUUCUUCCUAUAUGUUGACCUCAAUGUCUGCACUCCUGUUAUUUAUUUUCCGGCAUUUUUACUUCCAUGUUAAGGACACCAUGGCAAAACAAUGUUAUAAAUCCAAAGCGAACUGUGGUGAUGUGCAUGGUUGUGGUAAAAAAGUAACCAUUGUGUUAACAAAUUAUUGAUUGCAGUUUACAAAAGUUUACCUGUAAAUGUUAAAUAUAUAUCUUGAAACUCUUUGUGCCUUUUGCAAAGACUGAUGAAUUCAUUACAGAUGCUUAUUUUUGUUGUGUCCCUGAAAAACAAACCAUUUUGGAUGUAAAGGUUCUUUAAUAAAGACAACCUCGAAACCAAUAAGCUGCAAAA